AUGAGAGUCUGGGAUUACGGGCGUUUGCUGGUCUUGGUUUUGUUGGCUGGGGGCGUCUGGGGUGCUAGCUUCACGGAGCAAGGAUGUUAUCAGGCUUCGAGCAUUCAAUCGAGCAGUAUGACCUCUAAGGGCACUUAUGAAUGGCAAUCUGUUUCGUACUGCCAGGAACAAUGUGGUGAUGUUGCGGUCGUUGCGCUUUACAAUGGUAAUGCAUGUUAUUGUGGGGAUUCAGUUGAUUUCUUGGCUUCUUUGCAGUCAACAAGUGGUUGUUCGACCAAUUGUGUCGGCUGGCCUUACCAGACAUGUGGUGGGAGUAACUCUAUGGAUGUCUAUGUGAACGUGAAUGCUCAAGCUUCGCUCAGUUCCCUGCAAUCGAGUUCUACUGCAACGUCUAGUGCGACAUCUACCUCAAGAUCCAGCACAAGCACGAGCAGUAGCACUAGUUCCAGCUUUAGUAUAAGCUCGAGUUCGACAACAAGUUCAACCUCGAGUUCAACUUCGAGCUCUUCGAGCUCUUCUUCGACUUCUUCGUCAAGUUCAAGUUCAAGUUCAAGUUCAAGUGCCAGUUCAAGUUCUACGACCUCACGUUCAAGCACUACAAGUUCCACUACAAGCUCAACCACAAGCUCGAGUUCAAGCUCGAGUUCAAGCUCAAGUAGUAGUUCAAGCUCGAGCUCUACUACAAGUCCAAGCUCUAUCCGUUACACAACUAAUAUUGUUACGGCGUCCGUUUCCACGGGAUCGAACCAACAACAACAGACGAUUUUCAUCACCACUACCUCAAUGGUAACGGAUCCUACGGCUACUUCAUCUGAUGCAGGUCGCUCCUCAACAUCCAAUUCAAAAAAACAAAAAUCAGGGAUAAGUGGCGGUGCCAUCGCAGGUAUAGUUGUCGGAGUCGUAGCAGGUGUUGCUGUGAUCGCAGCCAUCAUUGCUAUCCUCCUAUGGAGACGUCAUAAAUCCAACCAAGAACCUGAUCUCGAAGAGACAAAACAGUAUCAGCCUUACUCCUUCGGUGACGCAGAUGCAAACCCCAUGAUCCUGCCGCCAUCUAGAUCAACUUCCAACUGGAGAAAGCAAUCAAAGACUGACCUGGGAUCCGAAUCAAACAUCUCUGCGUACGGGGUACCGACAGGUGGGAUUAGUGCCAAUAAUAAUAUCAGUCGAAACUCAAACAAGAAUCAGAACGUCUUCGCCAUGGACGAAAAUGCCGUUCAGCUACAAAACCAUCCCUCUACGGUUUUUGAGGAGCCCCCAUCUAUCUACCAAGGUAAUCAACGCUUCAGCACUGGAUCGCUCCCAGAUAUGAUGCAGGACAGACAGUUACGAGUUGUCAACCCAGACGAUAGUAGAAGUCGACUAGAUGAAGUUACAAAUGAGGGAAAUGACGAUAAUGACGACGAUUACGAUAAAUUCAUCAGUACGGGCAGUUCAAGAGGUUCUGGCACCGAUUUAGAACCCAAAUACUAA